AACUAUGUGUUUCCAUCUGAUUCUGACUCCAAUAGGGGUGAUGAUUUUUCUGCCCAGGCAGCCUGUGUGAACUUCACAUGUAUGGCAAGCGCAACGCUUCCGCUCCAUCAUUUACCGUUUGACCGCAACACAACACGUUUGUCAUGAAAUUCACACUUCAGGCGCACACAUUCGCGGAUGACGAAGAUCCAGAAGAUCUACACGAGCCCAUGCGUCUUGUGCGGCUCAUUGGCGCUGGAAACUGAUCAUAGUGGAAGUGCAGUAUCUUCAGCCAACGGUGACAUUCACGACGCCGUGCGCGCAGACUGGCAGGCUGCUGUACCGGCACUAUGGAGGAGAAAAACAAGGACGAUAACGCCACGAAGGGACAGGAAUCGAUGUCCUAUCAACGGAGGAUGUGGAAGAAUUUUCAAGAAAAAACCAAACCGUUUUUGAGUCCCAAAUUGGUCUCUGAACGUCGCAAUCCCGACAGUAAAAAGGAGACGGGGUUAUGGAUGUUUAAAAGGAAAAAGAAACAGUUGGACCGUGUCUUUUCGUCCUCACAGCCCAAUCUCUGCUCCUCUACCCCGUCGACUUUCCCGGGCGACCUGUCACUCGGCGGUACAGCGGUCCCUGGGAACAGCGACAACGGGCAACCUAUGCAACAGCUGCUGGGUGCGGUUGGAGUGUCGGCAAGCAAGCCAGAGCUAACGGGACACGAGUGCCCGAAGCUCAUCGUCUCCCAUUUAAUCAUGUCCCACCAGAAGAGCUCCUCUCUCGGCUCUGCAUGCUUCGAGAAGCUGGUAGUAAAAUCUGCGGACGUUGGAGAGGAGGAACAGCUCCGCAAAAACGCCAGUGAUUCUGGCAUCAACAUCGUGGAGCCAAGUAAUGCUGAGACCGCCCUUGUUACCAACCCAGGGAUGUACCAGCUGGACAUCAUACUGAAGAAAGGACACAACCUCGCCAUCAGGGACAGAGGAGGGACAAGUGAUCCGUAUGUGAAGUUUAAGAUCGGUGGGAAGGAGGUGUUCAGGAGCAGGACUAUCAAUAAGAACCUGAACCCAGUGUGGGACGAGAAAGUCAGCCUGCUGGUGGACAGCCUCCGAGAACCCCUCUAUGUCAAGGUGUUUGACUAUGACUUUGGCCUUCAGGAUGACUUCAUGGGUUCGGCAUACCUCUACCUGGAGUCCCUGGAACACCAGAGGAACCUGGAUGUGACCCUUGACCUUGAGGACCCCCAGUACCCCGACCAUGACCUGGGAACUCUAGACCUGGCAGUCACACUGUCGCCCAAAGAGGGAGACUUCAGGGAAGCUACCAUGCUUUUGAGAAGGAGCUGGAAACGAUCCAAUAAGCAGCUGCAUUCAAGUAUGCGGUUGUCAGAUGUCCACAGGAAAGCUCAGCUGUGGAGAGGUAUAGUGAGCAUCAGUCUGAUUGAGGCUCGCGACCUCCAGCCUAUGGACGCCAACGGCUUUAGUGACCCCUACGUCAAAUUCAGACUGGGCCAUCAGAAAUACAAGAGCAAGACGAUACCCAAGACUUUGAACCCCCAGUGGAGAGAGCAGUUUGACUUCCAUCUGUAUGAGGAGCAGGGGGGCUUCAUCGACAUCACCGUCUGGGACAAAGACGCAGGCAAGAAGGACGACUUCAUGGGCAGGUGUUCGGUUGACCUGUCUCCGCUGAGUAAAGAGCACACUCAUAAGUUGGACGUACCGCUGGAGGAGGGCGAGGGAAUGCUGGUGCUGCUGGUCACACUCACUGGGGCUGCAGCAGUGUCCAUCUCGGACCUGUCGGUCAAUAUUCUGGAUGACCCACACGAGAGACACCAGAUACUACAGAGAUAUAGUGUGCUGAGGUCGUUCCACAACCUGAAAGAUGUGGGUAUGGUCCAGGUGAAGGUCAUCAGAGCAGAGAGGCUGAUGGCAGCAGACGUCACAGGCAAGAGUGACCCCUUCUGUGUGGUGGAGCUGAGUAAUGAUCGGCUACAGACACACACCGUCUACAAGAACCUCAACCCCGAAUGGAACAAGGUCUUCACCUUCAACGUGAAGGACAUCCACUCAGUGUUGGAGGUGACGGUGUACGACGAGGACCGAGACAGGAGUGCAGACUUCCUGGGGAAAGUGGCCAUCCCUUUACUAAACAUUCAAAAUGGUGAACGGAAAGCCUACGCCUUGAAAAGCAAGGAGCUGACAGGGCCAACAAAAGGGGUCAUCUUUCUCGAAAUAGACGUGAUUUUUAAUGCUGUGAAGGCCGGUCUCAGGACGUUAAUACCCAUCGAGCAGAAAUACAUUGAGGACGAACCCAGAGUGUCCAAACAGUUGCUGCUGCAGAACUUCAACAGAGUGAGGAGCUGCAUCCUGUUCCUCAUCAACGCCGGCUGCUACAUCAACAGCUGCUUCGAAUGGCACUCGCCUCAGAGGAGCAUCUGCGCCUUCCUGCUCUUUGUUCUCGUGGUGUGGAACUUUGAACUCUACAUGAUUCCUCUGGCUCUGCUGCUGCCGCUGGCCUGGAACUAUAUCCUUGUCGCUUCGGGGAAGGACACCAGGCAAGACGUGCAAGCGAUGGAGGACUUGCUGGAGGAUGAGGAUGAGGACUAUGAGAAAGAUGACAAGGUGCCUAGGCCCGGCCAUUCGGAUGACGGCCGACUGCCUGAAAGCCAUAUCCUUGUGGAUAUGUUGGCUUCCUGGCACUUUGAGUGGAUACGGGUGAUGGUGGACCCGGAGAGAAAGGGCUUCAUCAACAAGCUGUAUGCCAUCCAGGAUGUGUGCAUCAGUGUGCAGAAUGCGUUGGAUGAAGUAGCCUCCUACGGCGAGAGGAUAAAGAACACAUUUAACUGGACAGUGCCUUUCCUAAGCUGGCUGGCCAUCGUUGCACUGUGUGUGGCCACUGUGCUCAUCUACUAUAUCCCCCUACGCUACAUUGUCCUGGCCUGGGGGGUGAAUAAAUUCACCAAGAAGCUCCGUGACCCGUACAACAUUGACAACAACGAGCUCCUGGACUUCCUGUCCAGAGUCCCCUCAGAUAUACAAGUGGUGCAGUACCGAGAGCUGAAACUGGAUCUCAGUCAUAGUCCAAAUAAAAGAAAGAAAAACAACCCGGGGUAGCUGGCUUUGUCCGCCCACGGAAUCUUCCCUCCCUCAACGGCCCGACACCGAGGAGCAGAGGAAGGCUGGUCUGGACCUCCUCAACUCUCUCUCUCUCUCCUUUUUUCAUCUUUUCCUCUUUCUCCCUCUUCUACUGACUUUAUAUAUACAUGUACAGGCUCCCGAAGUGUAAUUAUCACUGUAGAAAGAGACAGCAAGAGAAAAAUCGUAAAUUCUGAGUUUAGAGAUGAGCCUGGAUGAAAGUGGACCGGACCAUUCCAGACCCAGGUGUUUACAGCAUUGUACCAGUCUGACAGAUGUACAAGUCAUGCUCAACUGUGUGACAGUUAUGAAUUCCCCCGUAAGGAACAUAUCAUUUAACCCUAUCAUAGUCAGAAAGCCGCCAACCAGGUAGAAUGGAUGGUCUACUUUUCCAAAUCUGAACUCCCAAAUUACCUCUGGGUGUAAGCAUGUGGAACAAUAGAUAAAGAGCGUAUUUAUUCAUUAUUUUACAAAAUGUUGUAAAUAUUUUUUGUUGUAUUUACAUUUUGGAUUCAAUUAUUAUAUUUUGAGGGGGGGGGGGGGGGGGGGGGGGGUAUUUUAAGAGGUCAAAUGUUAAUUGUCUCUUCAGUUCUUAGGCCUAUAUACAUAUCACCCUGUUCCAGUGGUCCUUGACUAUCCAAAUGAAUGAUAACUUCAAAACCUCAAAAAUCCUCUUUUAAAUGGAACCCGGGGACUGCUGCAGUCCUGCCGAUAUGCCAUUCUUCCGGUCUUCACAACCAUCAAUAGCGCAGAUCAGUGUUUUUCUACCCAGAAACAGGGUGUCGUUUCCCCCCAGAAGAGGCAGGCAAGUGUAGAUCUCUGCUGUGCCACUGAGCUAAUAUAGAUGUCACCCUGUGCAGACAGAAUCGCCAGGCAGGCCUUAGGCAGCCCAAGCGGUAAUCUUAUUUGAAAGGCUGGUCUCCUCUCCUCUCAUCUCCACAUGUUGCCUCAGUGGGCACACACACACUCUCCAACACUGUGCCACAGGCUGGCCGCCAUCUCCAUCUGCCCCACCUCCUGCUCAACUAUGAUCUCUCUUUCAAGGGACGAGUUUGUGAAUACGUGUAUGUGUGUGCAUGUGUCCCACUGGGCAAAAACAGUUUGAAUCAACGUUGCUUCCACGUCAGUUCAGCGCAAACAAUGCUACGCGACGACGCCUAAUCAACGUUGCUUCCACGUCAGUUCAGCCCAAACAAUGCUACGCGACGACGCCUAAUCAACGUUGCUUCCGCGUCAGUUCAGCCCAAACAAUGCUACGCGACGACGCUGAAUCAACGUUGCUUCCACGUCAGUUCAGCCCAAACAAUGCUACGCGACGACGCCUAAUCAACGUUGCUUCCGCGUCAGUUCAGCCCAAACAAUGCUACGCGACGACGCUGAAUCAACGUUGCUUCCACGUCAGUUCAGCCCAAACAAUGCUACGCGACGACGCCUAAUCAACGUUGCUUCCACGUCAGUUCAGCCCAAACAAUGCUACGCGACGACGCCUAAUCAACGUUGCUUCCACGUCAGUUCAGCCCAAACAAUGCUACGCGACGACGCCUAAUCAACGUUGCUUCCGCGUCAGUUCAGCCCAAACAAUGCUACGCGACGACGCCUAAUCAACGUUGCUUCCGCGUCAGUUCAGCCCAAACAAUGCUACGCGACGACGCCUAAUCAACGUUGCUUCCGCGUCAGUUCAGCCCAAACAAUGCUACGCGACGACACCUAAUCAACGUUGCUUCCACGUCAGUUCAGCCCACACAAUGCUACGCGACGACGCCUAAUCAACGUUGCUUCCACGUCAGUUCAGCCCAAACAAUGCUACGCGACGACGCCUAAUCAACGUUUCUUCCACGUCAGUUCAGCCCAAACAAUGCUACGCGACGACACCUAAUCAACGUUGCUUCCACGUCAGUUCAGCCCAAACAAUGCUACGCGAUGACGCUGAAUUAACGUAGCUUCCAGGUCAGUUCAGCCCAAACAAUGCUACGCGACGACACCUAAUCAACGUUGCUUCCACGUCAGUUCAGCCCACACAAUGCUACGCGACGACGCCUAAUCAACGUUGCUUCCACGUCAGUUCAGCCCAAACAAUGCUACGCGACGACGCCUAAUCAACGUUUCUUCCACGUCAGUUCAGCCCAAACAAUGCUACGCGACGACACCUAAUCAACGUUGCUUCCACGUCAGUUCAGCCCAAACAAUGCUACGCGAUGACGCUGAAUUAACGUAGCUUCCAGGUCAGUUCAGCCCAAACAAUGCUACGCGACGUGGGAAAACUGAUGGCUUUGCACAAAGUCGAUCCACGUCAGGGAAUUUUCAACCUAAAUCCAAUGACCAGAUGAAAUGUUUGGUUGAUUUCAGGUUAGUUGACAAUUGAACCAAAGGUAAAUCAAAGGUAGACGUUGAACUGACGUCUCUGCCCAGUGGGGGUGUUUAUGCAAAGCAAACAAGCAAGCUGUGUGUGUGUGUGUGUGUGUGUGUGUGUGUGUGUGUGUGUGUGUGUGUGUGUGUGUGUGUGUGUGUGUGUGUGUGUGUGUGUGUGUGUGUGUGUGUGUGUGUGUGUGUGUGUGUGUGUGUGUGUGUGUGUGUGUGUGUGUGUGCGUGUGUGCGUGUGUGCGUGCAUGCUGGGUGUGUAUGCUACAUGUGUGCACAUGUAAAUGUGCAUGGGUGCAUGUUUCUGGAGUCGUCUUGUCUCUUCUGGCUCUGGAGAGUGAUGUGGAUGGGACUGUGAACUUGUAGGGCCAGAUGCUGCGUUUUGUUGGAGAGGUCGACCGUUAGACGAGCAGCCAGUUAGCCGCUGUGUGACAAGACACGACGACGGGUGGCCAGAGACAGCAGGGCUUUGCGCGUAUGCGCGCGCGCACCCUCUUUCCAAAGCUAUCCCAUUAUCCCUCUCACUCUCCCUCUCUCCCUCGUCAGCGGUUAGGAACGUGGCCCUGUCUGAAGGGAACGUCUCCUGGGUGUCUCCCGAAAGCAUCUGUUGAAAGAUCACAGCGUAGGCUACAUCUGAAGGGGCCUUCCACUCCUCCACAUACCCCUCUCCCUCCCUCCGUCCUUUACACUUCAACAAGUGUAGAUCUGCCACUUUGGAAGGCCAUUGGUUUGGUUUGUUUGAGAGAUGCACUUGAAAUACAAUAACAUGCUGCGUGGAAUGUAGGACCUACACGGGUUAUAUCAUCCUCUCUAAAAUGCAGACUCGUGUCUAUUUCUAUUGCCUAAAGGGGACAGUUUGAAAACCUGAAUAUGUAUGCGUGAACUACUGUACGUGGUAUAAUUUACAGUAACUGUGGUGGGUGGUAUAUUGUGUGUGGUCUUGUAUCCAAAUAUUCUAAGUUUUAUAACAUUGUUUUGGCUAUGUAUGCAAGCAAACCAAAGUGAUUUAUUUGACGUGACUGAAAAGAAAAGCUCAACAGAAUGUAUCGGACGGGCAUAAAGGAAAACGGCACUUUCAUUUGCCCCCCCCCCCCCCCUUUUUUUUUUUACUCAACUUUUUUUGGAAUGAUGUACAUAAUAUGCUUGUAAAUGGUCUAAUGUCGGUUGAUGAUCUUGUAUCGCUGUAUGCUUGUCAUUGCUCUCCGAGGUAUUUUCGCCUGCUGUGUUGCCUGUGACAUCAUCUUCACUCUCCUAGUCCUGGCCAAUGGUUGUCGAGGACAAGGACGGGGAUUUGGGUUGGGUGGGGGCAGUAAAGGGAAAGUUAUGAGAAAAUAAUGUGCAUCUAAUACGACCAAUAAAUUCACCAGAUGUAUGUCGAUUAUUUUGGAAAAACUUGUAAAAGAUUAAAUAUUUUGUAUCAUCUUUGUAGAUUUUUCAUUCAUUGCCAAAAUGGCAUUGAGCUUCACGAAGACAAAUACAUAGCCAGCUACACAAAAGGCUGGUCUGAAGUGCAUACCACCCGGGAGGGCCCUUGAGGCCCCUGUGUGAAUCCUCUGACGGGAUCAUUUAUUAGUCUGGGAGUCCCUCCACUGUCUGAACCUCCUCCAUCUAAACUCCUGUACAUCACUCCUCACAGCCCCAUAAAUGACGACAUGCGCACCCAGCCAGUGGUACUCCCCUCCACAAGAAGAGGUCAGGAAGGAACACUGGGCUAUUAGUCUCUGCUCCUCUGACAAACACACAUCAUCCUCACAUAUCAGGUGUGAUCGCUAGCUCCCUCUAACACACACAAUCACACCCUACAGUAUAAGCCCAUCUCUUUAUUGAAGUUCCGCACUCAGGAAAUAGUUUGUGUGGCCACGGCUAAUUUUAGGAUGUUCUUGAGCACCCAGAGGUGAGCUAGUCUUACUCCUGGUUACCCCCCCACGCCCCCUCUUCCAUCUCUGUCCUGUGCCCCCAGCUCAGGACACUAUGUGACCAAACACCCAUCCGGGCUCAAUAGAUGCUUCCACUGCCAAACAGAAAGAUAGACCUUUGGUGAGUGUGUGUGCGUACGUGCCUGUGCUGGUGCAUGUUCAACUGACACGCACCUCAGUUUGUUGCCCUUUCAAUUGCUCUGCAAUCGAAUGCUAAGCAGCAUGGUUUCUCACAACGGUAGAACUGCUACUGGAAGCCCCAGUAGGUGAUACUGCAGUGAGUUGUUGCUUAUUUGAAAGACUCCUGACCCGUACCAGCCACUAUAAAGAAGUGAACAGCCUUACAGGGUUAGAGGUUACUGUAGCUUUCCCUGCAUGGGAGAAGACUAUUUGGGGUAAGAGCAUGGGUAGCUCUGCCAAUAUUAUGUUGAUCUGAGUCCUGUUGAGUCGUAGUUGAGUUGUUUGGAGAUUCAUCCUUCAUUCCCUGUAACGGAUUAAGCUCUUUAUUAAAGUACUAUUGUUAUUGCUUA